AUGAGAAGUACAGCAGAGAGCCAGCAAACAGCAGACAGAAACCAAGUGCUGUGUCUUCUGCAAAAGAUGCCAAAAGGUUUUUUUACUUUCAUUCGUCUUUUUAUGCUCUUACUCAGUUUCUCCACUAUUUGCCUGGGAGUACUUUGCAUGUCCAUGAAUUCCUCCAUGUGCAGAUGUGGGAGCAACAAGCUAGUGUUUUAUUGCCUGUUAGCUCUGGGGCUCUGUCUCCUUGUUACUGGCAUUUUCUGGAGCACUUUCCAUGAAGUCCUGAAAUACAGGGCCCCUGGCAUCUUCAUUCGAAAUCCCAGCCACAGAGAACCACAUGUCUGCACCAUAGACAGGCCUGACUUCUACCCUCCCUCUUAUGAAGACAGCAUAGAUCCUGAAAAACUUGUCUCCCCACUGUCAGUUGCCUCCACACUAAAACAGCAAGAAUUCAUCAAUAUUCCUCCACCUCCAUACAGUGAAAGCAGUGCAGAGUUUGUCAGUGAAACAAAUGAGCAGGAACAGCCACCACCAUACACAUUAUCUCUGGAGCAGCAGCAAACAGCUGGCCAAGACCCAAACCCCACAGAAGGGGGUUAAAUUCUCAUUUAUUCAUCCAAGAAAUCGGUUGCCAACAGGAUACAGAUUUCCAGAGGACCUCAGGAAGAGCAACACCUGUCAAAACAUGAGAGACAGGCAGCCAGUAAAAUCCUGCAUCUGCGGAGCACGGAAAACUGGAAGAAGACUUGUAUCAUUGAUUGCUAAUAGCAACACUACUUAAAGUGAAAUUGUCCAGGAAAAACAUUGAUCAUUUGUGACUCAGAGUGGAGUUGGAGGGGAUAUCUAAAUGAGCUCAGUAUUUCAAAUUAGAAUAAAUCUCCAGAGAGAUAGAAAUGCUCAGGCUGUGUCUAGUAAAAGUCACCAUCUCUGGCAGUAGGAGUUUCUUACACUGCAAGAUAAAUGAACUAUCAUGGUAUUAUCAAUCUUGAUUUCUGCUUCAUAAGGAGUUUCAGAAGAAAGCUCUCAUUUUUGGUUUUCAGACAUUAACUGACUUGGGAAACCUAUUAACUUAGCUUGUGUUUGAAAUUUGCAGAUUAUCUGUUGCAACUAAUUAUUUUUGUAUUGUAUGCCUUUCAAGUUAUUUGUUUUAUGUGGGGGGUAAAAAGAACUGCUAUUUUACUAGUGAAUUCAUGAAUAAAUUUUGUAUUUAAAACAAAUGCUUUGUAUUUGCUUCUAUGAUACAAGGUGCCCAUUAUUCAGGAAAAGAGCACAGUAAAAUACACCACCUAGCUGCCAAACAGAGAGUUCUGGUUAUGCUUCCAUCUCCUCAGAGAGAACUAUCAAUUGCAGGAGGAAAAAUAAUCUCUGAUUCCUCUGAGCCAAUUCUAAGAGCAGUUGCUUGUGUUACAGCUUACUCAAGACUGUGAGAACUGAAAAAGGGACCCUGUACUCUG